UAAUGCUCUGGAUAUUUUUAAUUCACUUGUUUUAUAUUUAAUGCAGGGUUAUUUAAAAAAAUAUAUACUGCACUUUUCCAGAAUCGAGAUCUGCUCAAUGGGUUUGCGGCCGUGAUGCCCGGAGUUUGAAUGAGUUUGUUCGCUGUGUGUUGCUUGGGCUUGUUUUAAUGUCCGCGCCUCUCUCUUCUCGCCCAUUAGACCGUCCUGCCUUGUUGCUGACUUCUGCGUUGACGGUGGAGGCAGAGUGGUCUGUUGAUCCUUGGCUGGGAUUCGUACCUUAUGUGUGUGUGUGUGUGUGUGUGAGAGAGAGAGAGAGAGACGGUAGCUAGCAGGGGGAUGAAAGGCGGAGGGGUGGAGCUAGACACAGGCAGGGAGAGCUGAGGCAUGUGACAGGCACUGGCUGAGAGCCGCGUUACAGUCCGCAGGGCGAGCACUUGAAAAGUUGGGCCCAACUCGUCGGCUCAACUGGUCAACUUUGGCCAGCUCGGGUGAUGGCGUGCUGACGCUGCCUGCCGAGACAUCCGACAGCUCAGGAGGCGCGAAUGCAAGGUGACAGGUUGUGGUACUGAGCUAUAACCAAGUGUGGUAAGAAGGAUGUCUGCAGUGUCUACCACUGAUAAUGAUUAUGGAGAAAGAUUUUUUCUGCACAUACCGACCUCACUGGUUGACCAGAACAGGACUCAACCAGACGGCAGGCUUUGGAAAGACCAAGACAUUGGGAGGAAAGCAAGAUCUCAGCACAAUUACUCGGGGUCCCAUGACGGAGCAGCUCACAGCUACUGGAAUGGAAGUGUGAAAAUAGAAAACAGCCUCUUCUUUUCAGCCAGCCCAAACCUUGCAGAGCAGCAUGUUGGGAAGAGGAAGAAAGGGCCUGCCCCGAAGAUGUUGGGGAAUGAGCUGUGCAGCGUGUGUGGGGACAAGGCCUCCGGCUUCCACUACAAUGUGCUGAGCUGCGAGGGCUGCAAGGGCUUCUUUCGACGGAGCGUGAUCAAGAGCGCACAGUAUUCCUGCAAGAACGGCGGCCAGUGCGAAAUGGAUUUGUACAUGCGCAGGAAGUGCCAGGAUUGUCGGCUCCGGAAAUGUCAGCAAGCGGGAAUGUUGGAACAAUGUGUCCUGUCGGAAGAACAGAUUCGACGGAAGAAAAUGAAGAAGCUGGAGGAAGAAGUGCUGAAAGCAGUGAAGGUGACCCCAGGUUCUCUGUCUGGCUGGGACAUUCCAAUACUCAAUGUGGCACAAGUUGAGAUGAUCAGAAGACUGGUCACUGCACAACAACAGUGCAACAAGCGUUCCUUUAGUGACCGACUGAAAGUGACUCCAUGGCCACGGGGUGUCGACUCCCACAGUCGUGAGGCGAGGCAGCAGAGAUUUGCACACUUCACAGAACUCGCAAUCAUCUCAGUCCAGGAACUGGUUGACUUUGCAAAACAGGUGCCAGGAUUCCUCGACCUCACCCGUGAAGAUCAGAUCGCUCUGCUCAAGACGUCCACUAUUGAGAUAAUGUUGCUGGAAACCUCACGAAGGUAUAACCCUGCGAUAGAGUCCAUAACCUUUCUGAAGGAUUUCAGCUAUAGCCGAGAAGACUUCGCCAGGGCAGGACUACAGUUUGAAUUUAUCAAUCCCAUCUUUGAGUUCUCAAAAUGUAUGAAUGACCUACAUUUGGAUGAUGCUGAAUAUGCUCUUCUAAUAGCCAUCAAUCUCUUUUCAGCAGACCGCCCGAACGUUAAUGACCAUGAACUAGUGGAAAGGCUACGGCAGCCUUACGUUGAGGCUCUCCGCUCCUACACACAGAUAAACAGACCGGAUGACCGCCUGAUGUUCCCACGGAUGUUGAUGAAACUGGUCUGCCUGCGCACUCUGAGCAGCGUCCAUUCGGAGCAAGUUUUUGCACUACGGCUGCAGGAUAAAAAAUUGCCCCCCCUCCUGUCAGAAAUCUGGGACAUGCAGGAAUGACUGUGAGACUGACCUCGAGGGACCCAUCUCACUCAGCCAGGGAAGCAAUGCCAGGGGUGGGUGGGGGAAGGGGUCAACUCACAGGGAAGAUACAAAGAGCACCAACUACAAUUAUCAAUGCAACGGCCUUACAGUGCUGAGAGAUGCUUUCAAAUUAUUUUUUUAUGUGGGAUUCAGAGAUGCAAUUUGCUAUGCUUUGAUAUAACUCAUUAGAUGAUUGGUCUAUUUUCCCCAUGUUGUUGCCAGACUGCACAGGGGCCCACAGAAGCAGGUGAUGGUCUAGCGGGCAGUGGCAAGAUAGAGCAUAGAGUCAGCUGCACCCGUCUUUGUGCCACAGCCAGAGGCUGGCUUUGGAAAUGCACUUUACUGAUCACUGGAUGGCACUGGAAAGCCAUAAGGGAUCUGCAGGUGAAUGACAAGGAUCAUGGACAUACUCGACCAGAAACCAUCAUCUUCCAACUAAUGCACUAAAAGCAAACUAACUCCUGCACCACGAUAUCUGUCUGUCAUGUUAUUGAAUCCGGGCUGGUAUUUAUUUGGGGUCAUUCUCGGUCGGUUCUUGUGGAAUCAGUCACUUCAGGACAUUAAUUACUUCCACAAACUGAUUGAAUCACACAGUCAGAGAAAAGGGUCCUUAUGCAUGCUAACUGCCUAUCUUCCUUCUCUCCAGAGAUGCUGCCUGUCCCGCUGAAUUUCUCCAGCAUUUUGUGUCUAUCUUCGGUGUAAACCAGCAUCUGCAGUUCAUUCCUACACAUACCUAUCCAACGCACAGGGCUGGCUCCAUACCAUAUGUGAUUGGUACCUAUUUAACAUACAGGGUUCGUCACUCUCAGAUUGAUGUCUGUUCCUACCAGGAGUAGGUUAUUCCUAGUCAGAUUUUUUACACGAUUGUUCUCAAACUGAGUCAUAGAAUCACACAGAACCUAUCGCACAACUUCCACACCAGCAACUGUCUUCCUGAGAAGUCCCAUUUACUUGCAUUUGACCUCUAUCAUUCCAAACUUUUUCCAUCUAUGUAUCUAUCUAAAUGUCUUUUAAACUUGUAGCUGUACCUGCCUCUACCACUUCCUCUGGCAGCUCGUUCCACAUACCCAUCACCCUCAGUUGAAAAAUUUGCCUCAGGCCCCCUUUGAAUCCUUUCCCUCGCACCUUAAACCUGUGCCCUCAGGUAUUAGACUACUCUUAUAGUCAUAAUGUUAUUAUUUUAUCUACCUGGAGUCUGUAAGGUCACCCCUCAGCUUCCUUCACUACAGGGUAAAUAGUCCCAGUUUUAUAACUCUCUCCUGGUACCUCAAGCCCACUAGUCUUGGCAACAUCCUUGGGAAUCUUUCCUGCACCCUCUCUAGCUUAAUCACGUCCUUCCUAGAGUGUGGCAUCAGAACUGCACACAGUCUCUCCAACAUAUGCAGCUGCAACAUGAAGUCCCAACUCUUGUACUCAGUGCCCCAUCUGAUGAAGGAAGGCAAGAGUGCCACGCAUCUUCUUCACCAUCUUGUUUACCCACAUUGUCAAUUUCAGGCAACUAUGUAUUUGAAGCUCCAAGUGUCUGUCUGUUGUACAACACUCGCUCAGGUCCUGCCAGUCACAGUGCGUUAUCUUCCCAAAAUACAGCACUUUACACUACGCAGUUGCCUGAGUUAAAUUCCAUCUGCCAUUCUUUGGCCCACUUCCCCAUUUGAACUAAGUCCUGUUGUAGUCCAAGAUAACCUUCUUCACUGUCCAAUAUGCCACAAUCACGUCACCUACUUUCUUAUCCGAGUCAUUAAUGUAGAUGAGAAACAACAAGGAAUCUAGCGCUGAUCCCUGCAGCACACUACUGAAAAAACAACCAUCUACCACCACCCUCCUACAACCUCCUACCACCAAGACAAUUUUAUAUCCAAUUGAAAAAGGUCUGAAGAAGAGUUCCGACUUGAAACGUCACCAAUCCAUUAUCACCAGAGAUGCUGCCUGACCCACUGAGUUACUCUAGCAUUUUGUAUCCAACUGCCUAAGCUCACCCUGAUGCCAAUUUAUUCUAACCUUCUUAGCCAGCUUACCAUGCGGGACUUCAUCAAAAACCUUGCUAAAGUCCAUGUAGACAAGUCUACUGCCUUGCCCUCAUCAAUACUCUUGGCCUCCUCUUCAAAAAACUCAAUCAUGUACGUGAGGCAUGAUUUCUCACACACAAGCCAUGCUGACUGUUCCUAAUCCAUCCUUGCCUUCCCAAAUGAAGAUAGACAACUGUCCUUCAGAAUCCAUACCACUAACUUUCCACCACCGACUCACCACCUGUAGUUCCAUCAUGGUUUGUCCUUGCUGCCUUUCAUAAAUAAAGGUACAACAUGAGCCACCCUCUAGUCUGGUACCGCACCAAUGUCUAAGAUAUAAAGGCCUCUGCCAGGGACUAAGCAAUUUCAUCCCAGUGUCCUAGGAUACGCUUGGCCAGGCCCUGUGGAUAUAUCCACUUUUAUGCAUUUCAUCAUUGCCAGCACAUUCUCUUUUGUAACAUCGAAACGUUUUGAGACACCACCACUCUCUUUCUCUAAUUGCCUAAUUCACGAGACUUUCUCCCUGGUAAUUACAGAGAAAUAUUCAUUUGACCUCAUCCAUUUCCUGUAGUGCCACACACAUUGUAGUA